AUGGCCAAGUCUCUUCUUCUUACCACCCUCAUCGCCGCUGGCGUUUAUGCUCAGUCGACUCCCGACCCCAGCCUCAUUAAAGGUGGCGAGUUCCAGCAUCUGGGUUGCGUUGCCAUCAAGCCUGGAACCUUUCCUCGACAGUUUGACUUGGGUCAGGCCGGGUGCACAUCAUCUUGCUCGACCAAUGGCAACAUCAUCGCCUUCCACGGUAACUCCUGUGCUUGCGAUCGCCUUGAUUUGUCGCCGAGCCCAAUUCCCUACCGGGUGACUAAGGUGGACAACUCGCUCUGCAACCAAUGGUGCGAUCCGGCAGAUAAGUCCAAGGGAACCUGUGGAGGUGCCACCGUCCGCGGCUGGCCGGUCUAUGACCUCUACAAGAGGAAUGACGCCAGAGUCGUCUUUGUUCCGUUCCCAGGCGACGUUGCUACUCCUGUAGCCCCUGGACAGACACCUGCCCCGGUCCCCAACGACCCAGGACACAAGCCUGGCGAUGUCUUCCACGACUGCCCCCCAGAUGUCGUUGACUGCCCCUAUCGCACAAAGUGCCCUGGCGGCAACUGUGGCGGGGCCAAGCCUAUCCCUCAGCCUUGCCACGGAUGCAGUCCCCCAAGCGGUGGCAAGAACUGGACUGCUCCUGCGUGUCCCCCUGGCGGCUGCCCUCCAGGUCAGGGCCCAACUCCUGGCGGUGGGGAUAACGGAAAUGGUGGGAAUGGCAAUAACGGUGGCCAGGGAGGUAACAACAACGGAGGCGCUGGAGGCGCUGGACAGGACUCUGGUAGCGGAUCUCAAGGCGGUCAGGGAGACGGUAGCAGCUCAGGGAGCGGUAGUGAUUCCGGCAACGGAAGCUCUGGAAGCCAAUCUGGUAGCGACGCAACUGGCCAAGAUGGCUCCAGUCAAGGAAGUGACGGAACGGAUAGUGGCAGCAGCGCGGGCGGUUCAGGAUCGGAUCAGUCCUCUCAGGGACAGGGUGACCAGUCCGGAUGUACUGGAACAGCUUGCGUCAACUCGGGCAUCAAGACUGAGGCUGGAAGCUUCAUGUUUGCAGUCGUCGCCGGUGUCUUGGUUGGGCUAUGGUAA